GACGUACUUUCUCUCUCCGUCUGGCUAGCUUCGCUAAUGGAACAACCGACAGCCAGCGCGCCACAGCGCGCAUUUAAGUGUAUGUGUUGACAUCUAUUUAGUGCAUACGACUACAUUCUGAAAAAACCAACAAGGAAGUCUUCAUAAGAACACCCCGUUUGAAGGUGUCAGCAAAGUUCACGAAGCAGGGCACUGUACUGUGGAAACCUGUCUCACUCAGAUCUGUUGACCACUCGGAACAUGCACAUCCCAGCGUUCUCAAGGAAUGCCAUCUUCUGCGCCCUUGUCCUGGCUCCCAUGCAUUUUGGAAACCAGCCCGAUUCCUACGACGAACGGUGCGGGCCCGUAUUCAGCAGCCAGCGACGCUUCGGUGCCAAGCACCUCAGCAAAAUGUCCGCUGGCGCAAAGGAAGCAAUCAUGAAGUGCCGAAACAUAACAGAACGCUCCGCGCUACAGAGGGACGCCGAGUUUGAACAGAGGCGACGCAUGUGCAUCGGCCUCUUCUUCCCGACGGUGCCCGAGGAAAAGCUGGAGGAACACCUCUGCCGCUUCACCAGGAUGGACGAUAGCGACGACGUGCAGAAGCUGCGCAACAUAACAGCGUGCCUCAAGAAAGGUCACGAGACCUUUGGGAAGGACGAGCGUCAGGUGCUGGAGCUGCGGGCGUCGCGAAUCGAGUGCAUGCAGAAGUUCUUUGACGAUGCGCCUCGUGGCAUCCGGGACAGAAAGUACGCGAACCUGGUGAAGCGAGUGCGAGCGCUGGCUGACGGCGUCAUGGAUACCAACCGACAGGUCAUGGUCUGCAUGCGGCAUUAUGAAGCUCCGGAGGAGGAACUGCACGAGAGGAACAAGGCGAAAGAUUUGUGCAUGAAGCGUAUACUUCCGGACGUUCCACAAGAGAGGCUGGAGUCUGUCUUCCUGGCGAACAUGAAGAACAGGAGUGCGUACAUGGACGACGCUCUUCAACUUUGCACCUUCAUGGAAACUCCGACAGGUAAAUGGGCCAAGGAAGAGCUGAUAAUCUACUACAAGUGCGUCAGAGAAAUGCUGCUCCACGUUCCCAGUGCUGUCCGCGCGUCCGCAUCUUUCCGUCUAGGGCUGGAUGUGGAAGAAGAAAACAUCGACAAGAUGUUGCGGUGUGAAGCGAAAGGUGGGACCCAUGUAUUGUUCGAAGGCAUCCAGCGGCCCGAAUUCCUGCGCUGCCUUUCCGGCCGCCGAGAGCGUCCUCACAUCACCGAGAUGUUCGAUUCAUCGACUGUGUACGACAAUCCCGAUCCGCACCAGAAGCUGAAAUUGUGCACCAUGCAUAAAAGAGCCUCGAAUGAGGCAUUCAUGGAAUACAGGCAAUACCGAACGAUGGUAGAAAAAGAGCAGAAGAGACUGGAGGCAUGUUACAACCACCACUUGGGUAGGCCCUUGGAGCCGACUACGAUUUCCGGCAGCGAAGAAAGCAACGUCGCCACUGAGACGAGCGUAGAGGGCGGCAGUGAGGCCCCAACGGAUCAGCCGCCGACUACCGUUGCUUCACAGGAGAACGAAUUCUUGAGCACCGUCGCUUUAACAGCAGCUGCCAUUGGUGAGGACGUCACUGUGAAAUCCGACUAACAGUGUAAUGUGGUUGCUCCAGCGUGUCUACGGAUUGCUUUCAAAUAAACCAAGUCUGAACCAC